AUGAUCCUGAUCUGGGUCGGGUCAGUCAAGAAGUGGCCAUUCUGGCUCGCCUGCAACACCCCCAAUGUUGUGAAGUGCAUUUCUUUUUUGCUGCAGGUGCUGGAGGUGUUUGAGAAUGAGGGAUUCUUCCAAAUGGUCAUGGAGAAGCAUGGGGAUGGGCUAGACCUGUUUGAGUUUAUCGACAUGCCAGCCAGACUGGAUGAGCCUCUAGCCAGCUACAUCUUCAGACAGUUGGUAGCCGCAGUGAGUUAUCUGCGUAGCAAAAGCGUGCUCCACAGGGACAUAAAGGAUGAAAAUAUCAUCAUAAACUCUAAAUUCCACAUCCGGCUGAUCGACUUUGGCUCUGCUGCCCUGCUGGAACCCGGAAAGCUCUUCUAUACCUUCUGUGGUACUCUGGAGUACUGCUCACCAGAGGUGCUUCUGGGAAACCCAUACAAGGGUCCAGAGCUGGAGAUGUGGUCUCUAGGAGUGUUCUUAUACACCUUACUCUUCAGUGAAAACCCGUUUGGCUGUGUGGAGGAAACCCUGCAGGCCCGACUCAACCCUCCAUGCCCGAUCUCUACAGAGUUGUAUGCACUGUUGGCUGGUCUUUUGCACCCAGUGGUUGAUGAAAGAAUGACUCUAGAGGAUCUCUUGGAGUCGCAGUGGAUUCAGCAACCCAUAAAUCUAGCAGAGUACUCGUGGGGAGAGGUCUUUCCCUCUAGCGAAGUAUCCACAGAACAUGUUGAGUCCAACUCAUGUGUGAACCGGGCAGAUAUCCUCUACCUGGACCUCGAAAACAAUCUGAGCACUUCAGAGGACACCCCUUUAGUAGAUGAAGAUGAAGAUGAGGAACAGAGGAGAACAAUGGCGGCACUGCAAUCCGAGCUGCUGAAAUAUCUCACUGAUGUGUGAGGAGCUGUUGUGAAAGAAAUACUAAUGUGUUCUGCUCAACCAUGAGCACUAAUGCACAAUGUCUGCAGAACUCUCACUCCACCUGCCACUGUCCUCCUUGAUGAUACCAGUCCGUCCAAAAGAGCAAAAGGAAAGUAUAACUGGGAAUGGAAGCCAUCUGUGUUGCUAAGAAACAGCUUUAUCUCUGUGCUCGGUGAAGGAAUAGGAGUGUAUUUAUGAAUGUUGUUUUUCACCUUUCAUGGAGUUUUUAAAACCUUGUAUUCUGAGAUGUAGAAAAUUCUUGCUGUUUGUUGUAAUGUUGUGGUGUUGAGCACAAGAAUUGUCCUGUUAAAACAUGAUGAAACAUGCGCUAGACCUUGAUGAGGUUUGUUUUAUUAUUAGGCCUUCAGAGCUUGAAAAGAAUUUUAGGUUGAUUUUUAACAUUUUAAAUUAUGAAUAUUUUUAAUAUUUUUAACUUUUAAAAGUUUAUCCUAUGAAUAAAUUAUUGGCAUGAUUUCAGUGUACUUUGGUUGUCGGUUACUCUGAAUUGUUUUUAUUUUUUCAACUUAUUCUCAGGCUUUGUAAAGCUUCAAUCAGGUGUUAAUGUCAGUUGAUUUCUUCAAUAAAAUUAUUAGCAGUUUA